UUGGAUCAUUGCCAUUUGCAGGUCGACUGAAACGCUCUCAAAUGAACAUCAGAAGGGCUUGAUCUGCUGUUCUCCGUCGCCCCUGCUACACCCAGCUUCCUAUCAUCCUCGAAUUGAUCCAGAUAUUGGGCUCAUCGUUGCACUCUUCUCACCGGCUGGUCUACUCGUGUAAGUCAAACCAAGCUGCUCUCUAUGUGUUCUUCUUUCAGAUCCAUAUAUAUCUUACUUCCCUUGUAUACAUAUGAUGCUACACAUGGGGGGCACUAAUCGAAUCUGUAGUUGUUGAUGUGAUUAGCUCCGUCGUUAUGUAUGAAGCAGUUAGCUAGAUUUGGUAUGCCAUAUGAGUACAUGUAGAUCUCUCUCCCUCUCUGUCUUCCUCUGUGCGUGCUCGCUGUGGAGAAGAUGUUCUUAUGUUCCUGUACGCUUUUCAGUGGACGGGAAUCAAUGGCAGGAGGGGGAGGAGGAGGACUGGUGGUGCGUGUGUGGAAAGAAUGGGGGAUCCAGAUCUUGGUUGUCACCAGCUUCCUGCUUCAGCUCGUCCUCCUCAUCUUCGGUGGGUUCCGGCGGCGAAGCUCCUCUGCUGUGUUGAUGGCCUUCCUCUGGCUGUCCUACCUGAUGGCUGAUAACAUCGCGGUAUACGCCCUUGGCCACAUGACUCUGGAAAGCAGGCCCCGCGACGCUGGGCUUGUGGCGUUUUGGGCAACCUUCUUUCUGCUCCACCUCGGUGGUCAGGACACCAUCACCGCCUUCUCCAUGGAGGACAACCAGCUCUGGAGGCGCCACCUGCUGACUCUCGUGGUGCAGGCAUCAGGAGCCGGCUACGCCCUGCACCGCUACACCAUACCUGGUACCUGGACUUUGGUCUCAGCCACCAUAGUGAUGUUCAUAGUGGGUUUUCUCAAGUAUGGGGAGAGGGUGUGCGCUCUCCAAAGAGGUAAUAAUGACACGUUUGAUUAUCUGCGCUCCCCCCCAAAUAAAGUGUCUGACAGGCCGAAGAGCAGAGCUAAGAUGAACAAAGAAGAGUUGAUUCUACUGGAUUCUCAUCGCAUGUUCCAUUUUUGCAAGGCUGCGUUUUCCAGUGUCAGUCGGCAAACUCGGUUUGAGAACAUGCUUCUAUUUUAUUUCAGUAAUAAGGUGGAACUGCCGUAUAAAUGCGACAUGGACAUGUAUGACCUGGUGGAGGCGGAGAUAUCCCUUCUGUACGACGUAUUCUACACUAAGGCGCAAGUGAUCCACACUUGGCUGGGAUACUUGAUCCGUGCCAUCUCACUGCUUGGCACGGUGAUCGCAUUCUUGUUGUUCCUCCUUGACGACAGUAAAGGUGCUUACAGCAGAGUAGGUGUCUCCAUCAGUUACUUGCUAUUGGCUGGGGCCAUCAUCCUGGAAACAGCAUCGGUGUUUAGAGCUGUAGGAUCGACAUGGACGUGCGAGUACUUGCAUCGUCAGGGAUGGGACCGAACUAAUGCUAUUAUUAUUGGGCAACAUAAUGUGCUGGAUUACUACUGUCCAGAGGAAGCCAAGCUUACAAGGAUGAUCAAUAAGGUAACUCUACUUAAAGAGUGGUGGAUAAAGGUUGGAUUCUCAGGCAAUACGAAGAUCACAGUUGAGUUGAAGCAGCUAGUGCUAGCACGGAUAUUGAGAACAAUGACUGAUGAUUCUAGUACAUGGAGCAUCUGGGACUCACAGGGCAGAGCAGCGCUUGCGGAGUACGGGCUCUUGGAAAAUAGUUUCUGCUUUUCUGUCGAGGGCAGGAGUUUCACUGAUAUAAUUCACAUGUGGCAGGUUGCAACCGACAUUUACCUUAACCUCAACACGCCUGCUGAUAUGGAGGAUGGUAAACAACUUCUAGCAGCAAUAAAUGUACUAUCUAACUACAUGGGUUUUCUAAUGCUGCACCCAAGCUUACUGCCCACCGGAAUUCCACUCGAUCCUGCUGUCUCUAAUAGUGUGACGAAUGGCGAUAUAAUCUACGGUAUUUCUAGGAAGGAACUUGCAGUGCAAUUGCUUAGCAGGCGGGAUCGUUCUACGACCAAUCUCUCCGGACAUCUUGCUCGUGAGCUCCUUCAAAAGGGAUAUGACUUGCCGAUGCUGCAAGUCAUCUUCGGGGUGUGGGUGGAGUUGCUGUGCUAUGCAGCCCACCACAGCAACCAUAUUUCUCACUGCAAACAACUUGGCAGUGGCGGUGAGUUCCUCACUGUUAUCCGCCUCGUCAUAGAUCACACCGAGCUAUUUCACAAGUAUAAGAAUUAUACUCCGCCACCUAUUAACCCUGGUCACUAUGUUCAUAUGGGCGAGAUGAUGAACGAUUGCUGA